AUGGUUGAAGACUGGGAACGCGACAAGAGCCUUCUGAAUCCAUAUAUCAAUGUUAAGAAUGAUUUAAUUGAAGCUCAAGUUCGCACACAGCUCAUAGAUGAUGAAAAGUCUGCGGCUGCUUCGGGCAAUGCACAUCCUCACGAGACCACUCCGAGCAGAUUUAUUAUUCUUGCCUUAAUGCUGGAAGAGUCUCAACGCUGUGUCAAACUUGAUCUUGCCAACAGAUUUUUGGCCAAGGAUUCUCAACGUGUGACUUUACAACAAUGGCGAAUGGUGUUACAACAUCAAAUCGAACGUCUCCACUCAAUACAGUCGGUUUAUAUGGUCGGAAUAGAGUCGUGGCUUGCUGAAGUUGUGAAUGAGUCCCUGGAGGAGCCGGAAGACAUCAACUUGUGGUUCCCAUCUUCCCUCAGCAGGAUAUGCAGGACGGAAAUGUGCCGGAACGAUAUCACAGAUAUUGAAGCCAAACUGCGGGAAAGCCAAUGCUGA